AUGAAAUGGGAAAAUCACUCAGUAAUGAUGGAAUUCACAUUCUUGGCCUAUCCUUCCUGCCCAGAGUUGCGUGCCCUGUCAUUUCUUGGCGUUACCCUGGUCUAUGCAUUAAUCAUCACUGGGAACGUCCUCAUUAUGGUAGCCAUCCGUUCAGAAGCCCACCUACACACACCGAUGUACUAUUUCCUGGGCAGCCUCUCUGGGGUAGAAAUAUGUUACACUGCUGUGGUUGUGCCCCAUAUCCUGGCCAACACCCUACAGACACAGAAGACCAUCACGCUUCUGGGCUGUGCCACUCAGAUGGCGUUCUUCAUUGGACUUGGCAGCAUUGAUUGCUUCAUCUUGGCCGCCAUGGCCUAUGACCGGUAUGUUGCCGUUUGUCGUCCCUUACAGUACCCUCUCAUCAUGACAUUGACUCUUUGUGUCUGCUUGGCCAUGGCCUCUGUGGUCAUUGGAUUCUUCCUGUCUUUACAACUGGUGGCCUUCAUCUUCUCUCUGCCAUUCUGCCAUGCUCGAGGUAUUGAGCACUUCUUUUGUGACGUGCCACCAGUGAUGCGGCUCAUGUGUGCCAAUAGCCACACCCAUGAACAGUCCGUGCUGGUGGCAGCCACCCUGGCCAUUGCUGUGCCCUUCUUCCUCAUCACCACCUCUUAUGCCUUCAUAGUGGCUGCUGUGCUCAGGAUACAGUCAGCAGUUGGCCGCUGCCGGGCCUUCUCCACCUGCUCCUCCCACCUCACUGUUGUCCUAUUGCAGUACGGCUGUUGUGCCUUCACGUACCUGUGCCCCAACUCCAGCUACUCUGCCAAGCAAGGCCAGCUCCUCUCACUGGUGUACACACUGGGAACCCCACUUCUCAACCCACUCAUCUACACCCUGAGGAACAGUGAGGUGAAGGGGGCCCUGGGGAGAGUGCUUACCAGGAAUUACCUCUCCCACAAAAGCUAG